GUAGGCAAGCAGAGAGGGAAAAAAAAGGAGGAGGGGAGAAGCUGGAUGUAAAUGCAUUGAUAUCAUUCAGAGCCGCAGAGAGAAACAAAGAAGGCAAAAGAGAUUGUUGAUGUAAACGUGUUGCAUCUGGUGAAGCUGGAGAGAGGAAGAGGGAGCUGCUCCGGUGAUAAGCUCUGCAGGUUUCAAGACCCAGGAAUUAUCCGGUGGACCUGGAACAAGAGGAAGUCAGGGGAAACUUUGGUUCUCACCCGCCUGUUUGGGAUUUUAUGGUUAUCUGGUCCUGCUGUCAGGCUGAGGAGCAUUUUGUGAAAGCCAGGGGCGAAGAUGAACCAAACUGCAUCCGUGUCGCAUCAGAUAGAGUGUCAGCCGGUCAGAGAUACCAAGGAGUUUGUGGAUGUCAGCCCGCCGCAGAGGAACUGGAAGGGCAUCGCCAUCUCUCUUCUGGUUAUAGUGGUGGUCUGCUCCCUCAUCACCUUGUCCGUAGUCGUCCUCACACCCACUGAGCUUCCUGAAAACAACAAGUCCAAGCUGACUGUGGCGGACCUGUUCAAACCGGAGUUCCAAGUUCACGACCCGGAAGCCAGGUGGAUUAGCGAUUCAGAGGUGGUGUACAGAAACAGAGAUGGUCAUGUCGUCAAGUUCAACUUUGUCCUGAACGAGACGGAGAUCAUUUUGAUGAACACCACAUUUGACUCCUUUAAAGUGGCAAAGUAUUCGCUGUCUCCAGACCUGAAGUACGCGCUGUUUGCAUACAAUAUCAAACAGGUGUACAGAUACUCAUACACGGCGUCUUAUGCCGUGCACAACAUAGACACAAGGGAGUUGUGGGAGCUGAACCCACCGGAGGUUCAAAACUCUGUGCUCCAACAUGCAGCCUGGGGAGGGCAGAGACGGCAGCUGAUCUACAUCUUUGAGAACAACAUCUACUACCAGCCAGAUGUGAAGAGCAGCUCUCUGAGAAUCACCUCCUCCGGGAUGGAAGGAGUCAUCUUCAACGGGAUAGCCGACUGGUUAUAUGAAGAGGAGAUACUGCACUCACACCUGGCUCACUGGUGGUCGCCUGACGGAGAGCGCCUGGCCUUCCUGAGAAUCGACGACUCCUUGGUGCCCAACAUGACUCUGGCACAGUUCACUGGCAGCACUUACCCCCGAGGAAUACAGUACCCCUAUCCCAUGGCUGGUCAGAGGAACCCUGCUGUCAAGCUGUUUGUGGUCAACCUGUUUGGCAUUACCAACUCUCUGGAGCUACAUCCUCCAGAUCAGCUCAGACUCAGAGAUUUCUACAUCACCAUGGUGAAGUGGAUCAAUAACACGCGCCUGGCGGUGCGGUGGGUCAACCGUCCUCAGAACGCCUCGCUGCUGACGGUGUGUGAUGCCACAACUGGAGUCUGUCAUCAGAGACACGAGGAGACCUCAGAGACGUGGCUCCCCAGGCAGAGCCAGGAGCCGCUGUUCUCAGGGGACCUGAGCAGGAUUUUCCUCGCUCAGCCCAUCAAACAUGGAGGUCACACAGACUUUCACCACAUCGCAAUGUUCUCUAAAAAGUCACGAAGUGACCCAGUUGAAGUUCGUUACUUGACACAUGGAAACUGGGAGGUGAUCAGAAUCGUAACUUAUGAUGAAAUCAAAAACAUCAUAUACUUUCUGAGCUCUGAGGAGGCUGCACAACAAAGGCAUUUAUACAGUGUGUCGACAGAUGGCCCUUUUACAAGGCGAUGCCUCACCUGUGGACUGAAGAAAGGGUGCAUGUUCUUUGACGCCGACAUCAGCCCAAAUGCUCAGAGCGCCAUCCUGCACUGUCAAGGUCCUGGUGUUCCAGCUGUGCUGCUUCUCAGUUUCAGCGACUUGGGCUCUUAUUUUAUUCUGGAGAGCAACCUUCCGCUACAAUCUGCGCUGGACACCAGAAGGACAACUAAGACUCCUCUCCGGAAUAUCACUAGUGGCAACCUUGAGCUGCCUCUGAAGCUCAUUUAUCCCCCUGACUUCUCCGAGUCCGCCUCGUACGGCCUUCUCCUCAUCGUGGCCAGCUCUCCAGACGAACAGACAGUGACGGAGAAAUUCGAGCUGCAUUGGGAUUUGGUACUGGCUGAAUCGGAGCAGAUCAUAGUGGCACGAGUGGACAGCAGAGGGCUAGGACUCAGAAAUCAAAGAUUGCUGGAUCAGGUUAAUCCCAGACUGGUGGAUGUCAAUGACCACAUGGCAGCUCUGAAAUUCCUGGUGGGGCUGCCUUAUGUUGACCAGACUCGUGUGGGAGUUUAUGGACAGGGUUGUGGGGGUUACAUCACACUGAUGAUGCUGAAUUCAGGAAGCCUGAUAAAAUGUGCAGCAGCGCAGGCUCCAAUCAUUGACUGGACAAUGUAUGCCUCCGCCUUCUCAGAGAGAUACUUCGGCAUGCCUUCAACCGAGGAGAGCAGAUACCAAACAUCUAAAGUGCUGUCCAGCAUGGGAGGCCAUCUGGGGGGAACUCUUUUUCUGGCCCACGGCACUGCUGACGCAAAUGUUCACUUUCAACACUCAGCCGAGCUCAUCAAAUACUUAAUAAAGAUCGGAGCAAACUACACUAUGCAGAUCUAUCCGGACGAAGGCCACUUCCUGUCGACACGCAGCCGGAUGCAGCUGAUUCACUCUCUAAUUGGAUAUUUCAGAGGAUGCUUGCUUGACACGUCAUUGUUACUCGAACAGCGGGACAGCGAGUGAAGAGGAGAGGGGGCAGUUAGUGUGUUCGGUAAACCAAAUGUGUGUGUUUUAUACCAGUAGCAUCAUGUUUGAUGGACAAAAUAAGCUUCUUUGUGACAUAUCAGACUUGUAUAAUACGCUGUCACAGUUCAGCUGCUGUAUUUUCAGUGUUGUUGCCAGACUGGUGUUAUCAGCCCCUGAUUGAGUGUUGUAAGGCCUCAUUUGCUCCAACGAAACACCACUAUUGUCCCAUUUCGAUUAUUUGUUCAGUUUCAUAAGGUUUGCCUGACUUAUUUAAUUUAAAGAUCCAAAACCAAAAGUAUUUUUAUCGUAAAAUGAACAAAUAUUUGGUUUCAUGAUAGAUUCUUGCACCUUUGUCCAUCUUUGAAGAGGAGCCCUGAGACUAUGAUUGGAAUGAAAUGUUAAUAGACUAAAGUAUCUUUUGCUUAGUGCAAUAAUCAAAGCCUUGGUGCCAAAUAUUGAUAUUUUAGUUAAUAACAUAAACCACCUCUUUUCAGAUUUUUUAAAUUUUAAAUUUCUUUUUUCUGCCCUCAUUGUCACUUCCUUGAGGGGCACCUCACACAUAAAUGAAGAGAACUUCAGAAUCAGAAGAACGGUACGAUGACUGAAGAAAAAACAUUUUUAUUACUGUAAAAUGAUGGGAUUCCCUAGAACCUUUUUUGCAUUUAGGACUUUUAGUUAAUCAGACAAGGUGUACAGGUUUAGCAAUGUCUUGCAAUUUAUUUAUUAUGACAAAACUGUAAUGCUAAGAUAUUUGUAUUCUAGGACAUCAUUGGGUAUCGUAUUUCAUUGUCAAGUUUACUCCAAUUUCUACUCCAUAUAUUCAGUAUUAUAUAAUGUUUUACCUGAUCAAAUUUGCCUGAAUUUGAAUGUAAAACUGACUGUAUUUUAUUUUAAAAACAGGUUAUUGUGAUCUGACAAAGCUGUUUAGAAACCUCCGGGAAUUAAGAUUGAAAUAAAAUUGGAAGGGAUAUGUUUUUGUUUAUACUAGGAAAAUACACUACUUCCUAGAGGAUCUAAAAUAUUAUACAUGCUGCACAUAUACAUAUUUAAAAUCAGUGCAUUCCAUUUAAAUAGUUUUAAAAUUAUGGUUUAGUUCUCUACUGUUAGAUUCCUGUGUCAUGCAUUGGUUUAAGCUAGUCAACUCCAAGUUAAUACAUUCCAGUCCAUCUAGUUCAAAUACAGUAAUUAUUAUGUUGAAAUCCCUUUUAUUAGGUUAUGAUAAAUCUGUAUGUUCCAGUUAUGGCUGGGCGAUAUAGAAAAAAUGUCACGAUAUUUUUCAAAUCAAUCGAUAUAUAGCACAAUAUAAAACAAAUCCCAGUUUGACACCAUAUGUAUGAUAAGAUAUGAGGCUAGAGAAAGCCGGCUCCGUGGUCAGAUGUUGGCGCUGUACAGGCGCUGUUUUUGAACUGAGGGUGGCGUGGGGCUCAUCUGGGACUGUAAAGUUUUACAUUCUGCAUCCUCCAGAGGGCGCCACUGGUUCAGGUGGCAAAACAGAUUGGUGGCAAUCCGCCAACGUUGCCAGAACAUGCGCUCGACAUCACUUGCAUCGCUCACUACUUUGUUUUUUUGUUUAAAUUUAAAUAGAAAAAAAUACUUCCACAUGACUGAACUGUUCAGGCCCUUCUUGUCUUUGAAAUAAUUCCCUCUGUCUUAUGUUUUUUCUUCUUUCGGCGUGCUCAUUUCUGUCCUACCUAUUACCCAAACCAGCACUUUGAAUCGAGUUAUGAAAAAGCGCUUUAGAAAUAAACUUGCCUUGCCUAAAGUAAGAGGCUACAACUACACAAGCGUUAGCAUCAGCGCAUCUGCUACGUGACUUUGUGCGGCUCGACUCCGGCCACAUGAUUAGUCCAGCACAGAGUAACUCUUAUCAUUGGCUAUUCAUUGGUCUAGGCCAGGUUUAUACUCCACAAAUUGAACAGGGCGAGAUGGUGAGCACGGCAAAAGUGACACAAUCACAGUGUCUUUGCCUCCGCAUGCGGGGCCUGGGUGCUGUCUCGGCGCACAGUCGUGCACCUUCAGAUUUUCGUAACCUGCUGUGGACCGCAUGUGCGACAAUGGGUAAAUUUAAAGGAGCCCUCGCCAAGCAAGUCCGCCUGUACUCAUAUGGAAUGGCAGAGAAGUUUCAAUCAGCACAACUUUGUUGAAUGUUGUGUUGUUAGGGUUUAUUCUGUAAUUUAAAAUAGCAUGCACAUAUGAUUGCCAUAAUUUCAUGGGUCUCUAAUCCUAUUUUUUAUUUCUGUUUAGCUGCCAUAAGCACACCAUCUAUUUUCCCUGAUUGUUACGAUACCGCGCACUGCCAUUUUGGGUGCCUGACGUCAACUGUUCUCGUUUCUGCAUCUCCACUGGCUAUGUGGAGUACUGCCCCUUGUGUUUUUGGAGAGUACUGCACCUACGUCCGCAUCUAGUAGAAACAUGGAUAGCGCUUCUAUGUGUUUACCCAUGUUCCGCGCAGACCUGCGUGACUACCCAACGAGCAAAAGACAGCCUUUCUCUGUAUCUUCCAGGUCAAUAUCGACGUUUGAGAACAUUUUUCUUUAUAUAUAUAUAUAUAUAUAUAUAUAUAUAUAUAUAUAUAUAUAUAUAUAUAUAUAUAUAUAUAUAUAUACGAGCAAAGGACAUUUGAGCACAAGCCGUAGAUUUUAGAGAGAGCAGAGGAUAUUAUUAUGACUAUUCUUAGGGCCACACAUUUCAGCAUGACCAUAUAUGCUUUUAGAUUUUCAAAAGAAAAGUUCUCUCUUACAAUUUAUAGAAGGAGUUGCACUUUAUAGUUGUAAUCCAACCAAGCAAAUUCAAAUUAGAUUUGAAAUGCACUGAGAUAGCUCAGUCUCCCACUCGAUUACAUCAAAUCACUGCAUUUACUUUCAAUCUAAUUUCUAUUAUAUUUAGGUUUAGUCAUGAUUUGUUUUGUAUUCUUAUUCUUAUGUAAGCAGAAAAAUAAACUCCAGACAUUUGAAUGUUCUUUAUAACACUAAACACUGAUUAAACGAGAUUUAAAUCAGAUUAUAUUGCAAUCUAUAAAAAAAAUACACAUAAGCAAAUUUGGACUUGACUAACAUUAUAUGUCAUCUGAUUACACCUAAUACCGUUGGCCGCCCCGUCCACUUUAAAUACAUUCACUCUUUAACGAAGAAAUAUGGAAAACUGAAAGAUUAAAUCUGCCCACUAUCGAUACGUUUUCAUCCCUUUAGAAUUCAAAUAGUUAGAAAUGUCAUUAAAAAAACACAAACCAUUACAAAUUGAUCCAGAAUGCAAAAACCUGCUUAUUUUUUAACAUUAUUAUUAUUAUCAUUACGGGGCAACUCAGCCGGCUUGUUGUACACAGCUGUAGCUCUAACUAAAUGUGCAAUCUUUGAGGUUAAAGUGUGUUUUCCUAACAGUCUUCUAGGUGUUUGUACAGAUGUAUUUAUUACUUAUAAGAGAAGGUAUUUAUUAACAUGUCGCACCAGUUUUGUGGUGUUUUGGUUUGUGUCCAGAUGACAAUCCCACACUUUUUCUGCCAUGUAAAACUCAUCUUUUUCUUUUUUUGCAAGCUUUUCUUGUCAUUUUGGAGUUCCUAAAUGUCCCUUUUUCCUAAAUGUCAAAACUCAAGCAGUGUUUUGCUUUUUAAACUAAUGCCCUGUUCGUGUGGGGCACAUUUCCAGGAGAGUUAGUGCACUUCCAGUCGCUUGAGGGUUCGUUCUUCUCAGAAAUAUGUCCUAGCUGAAGUGUGGGCCCAUAAAGCUCUCCAAUAAAAAGCGCCGUGAGUGUCCACAGCAGCAGAGUGAGCUCUUCUGCGUGGUUGUGGUUUCUGAGAGCGAGUCACACAAUUAUCGUCCGCCUCACACGAGGGCCAUUAAUCACAGGAUGAGUGUCCUCGACGACGUGCGCUCAGCGUUUCAUUUCCAUGUGAAAAACACCAGGAAAUAAACAGCUACGCUGCAGUUAGAGGAUCCAAAGCAGUCUAAUGUGGACGCUUUAAAAAACUCUUUGCAACGUGAAAAGGCUGAUGAUGCAUCCUACACGACGCCAUAUCAGUGCAUGACUAGGUCCGGUUUAGAGAAGCGACGCGAGGUGUGGAUUUGCACUACUUCUCCUGGAAACCGCAGUAGGUUUUGGAUGAAUGAUGAGAAUUGAUUGUUGUCAUUUUUUUUGAGGUUUUAUUAUUAAAGAUUGAUGAAAGUUUCUCA